AUGAAGGAUUUGAUCGGAAAGAUAGUAAGGAAGAAGGAGCAAUCUUCAUCGUGUUCGCCCCCUCAAUACUCAAGAUUAUCAUCAUGUUGUGAGGAUGAAGUGAAGAACAAACAUCAAAGAAAACAUGAUCAAGUGGCUAAAAAAAGAGGGUACGUGCCUAUUAUGGUAGGGAAAAGUGAGGAAGAAGAAGAGAGAUUUAUGGUGCCUCUUGGUUGGAUGAACCAUCCUUGUAUUGUUGAAUUGUUACGUGUAUCCGCCAACGAGUUUGGGUAUCAUCAACAAGGUGUUUCACAAAUUCCUUGUGAACCACAUCAUUUUAGAGUUGUCAUGGAGACUUCAAUUACUUUGAUUUCAGCAAUUUUUCAGCUCUACGAUCUAUUAUCAGUGGAAGAAGAAGCGUAUGAGGAGAUUGAAGAGGAAGCACCGAUAGAUGAGACGGAGAUCUAA